GGGGGGGGAGCAAGAGCUUCCGCCCCGCACUGACAUGGCGGCUCCGCGUGGGCUCGAGCGGGCGCAGGGCGGCCGGAAGUGAGGUUCGGAGCCCCUGCCGCGCGCUCGCCGCCCCGCGCUCGCCAUGGCCGGGAUCCUCUUCGAGGACAUCUUCGACGUGAAGGACAUCGACCCCGAGGGCAAGAAAUUCGACCGGGUUUCCCGCCUGCACUGUGAAAGUGAGUCUUUCAAAAUGGACCUAAUCCUGGAUGUGAAUAUACAGAUCUACCCCGUGGACCUGGGUGACAAAUUCCGCCUGGUUAUCGCCAGCACUUUGUAUGAAGAUGGGACCCUGGAUGAUGGGGAGUAUAAUCCCACUGACGACAGGCCGUCCAGGGCCGACCAGUUUGAAUAUGUGAUGUACGGGAAGGUGUACAGGAUUGAGGGCGAUGAAACAUCCACAGAGGCAGCCACACGCCUUUCUGCCUACGUGUCCUACGGUGGUCUGCUCAUGAGACUCCAGGGAGACGCCAACAACCUGCACGGCUUUGAAGUGGAUUCCAGGGUUUACCUCCUGAUGAAGAAACUGGCCUUCUAACCGCAGGGGGCCGAGCAGCUGGGGACUGCGGCUGCAGCUGGGACCCUGCCUCACACGCAGGCUUUGCAAAUCGACAGGGCCUUGCUGGCCGAGACUGGGACAAUUGUGUUCAACGGCCGCUGGAUUUCAGCUCUUUUGGCCCAUCAGGACCCUCUGGAGUGACGCAAAAAGGGAGCCACUAGGCUGUUGUACUCCCUGCUGGUCCAGAUCCCUGCGCCACCCGCAGUUCUGCCAAUGAUGCCCCUCUGCUGGGGCCUGCAGCCCACUCCUGUUCCAGGCCAGCGGUCUGCCCCUCGUGAGCAGGGGGAUAGGCAGGUCCCUGGCUGGAGGCGAUGGUGAAUGGCUGCCGUGUGUGCCGCAGGCUCCUUUCCAGACCCCUCCUUUCCCAUACUGGCUGUGGGGCUGCUUCCCUGUCGGCUCCACUCUGCUGGCUGCAUGGCAAAAGUCUGCACCGUUUCCAGCAGUCCUUGUGUUUCGUGGCCUCUGUGUUGGCUGGGAGCAGGACAGGGAAUCGUUAUGAGCCAGCCCCACCUGGUUCUUUACUAAAGUGGGUUCUUCGGAUGUGUCUCUGCUUAGGUCACUCUAGCACGUGUGAGAUGUGGGGGCGGGGAGAUGAGAGGUGCCAAGGAGAUGCGACAUUGUGAGACUGGCCAGGACUAGGACCACAGGGAUCGAAUCAAACGCUUCAGCCACAGCAGAUUGCUACGCUCUGGUGCGAGAGCUCCAGUCCCGACGUCCUGCUUAAACCAUCGGCAGUGACACAGCUAAAACCACUGGUGUUUAAGAUGGGGAGUUCACCUCUUUCUGCACUCUGGCUUCUAGGUGCGCAGACCUGACUGUGUCGGUCCCUUGUUUCAGGCACGGCUGCACUAGUUACACUGGAAAGUUUCCUUUGCGACUCUAAGGGCUAGAUGCUUCAUUUUGUCUCCGAGUUGACUCUGCUAUUGUCCCCCUUUCCCCAUGCCAGUCAUUUCUGGCUAUAUCCAGACUGUGACCCUGGGUUACGACUGUAAAAAGUUUUGGGAUCCGCUACUUGUCCAGCCUCAAUAAAAAGGGGAGAGGGCUCCCCCUGCCGGAGA